AUGCCUGCAUCUCGAAAGAAUCCACAGGCGAUCAUCGGCGACAUGAACCAGUUUGAAGAACCUGUACAUUCGUCUCCUCGCUCGGAGCCACAGCAACCACAUCAACAGCAACAACAGACCAUGAGCAGGAGACAAUCGCAGAGUAGUCAAAAGUCGACUCAAUCCCGCUUUGGUCAUACCGCCUCUCACAUCACUGGUAUCCUCUCGCCCGUAUCGCCCACCUCGACUUCAGCGGCGGGCGAAACACAAGGAAGCAGGGUUACUCCCAAACAAAUCUCGACCUUCCCCGGUGCUUUCCCAACUCCUGCCAGGGACUCGCCUACAAAGGACAAACCUGCUCACGACGCCGACAGGAGGUACAACCAAGCCCUGCUCAGCCCAACAAGUCCAACUACGAUGAUUACAUCUCAGGUCGUCGGCGGUCGAUAUCUCACAAACCGGAUCUCUAUGCCCAACCUCGCGGGAGACGCUGCACAUCCACAUUGGCCGUCCCAGGACUCUUACCAUAGCAGUAACUCAGGACCAACCAGAGCCAAUAGUGCGAAUGGACCACCUCCUGAAAAGAUGUACCUCCAGGAUACCAACAACGUGAUGCGAUCAUCAUCUUCGGGAACUCGGAGCGCCUACCACCUGCCUAGACGGAAUACGUCCGAGAUCAGUGUAGGUAGGUAUGGCGAUGAAAACGCCUCGUUUAAACAGGAACUUCACAAUACCCAAGAUCCGCGACAGUCCCAGUCCGGGAUGAUGCCAAGGUCGACCACAGAGUAUUACAACCAACAAAUGCUUGCUGCAGGACUCUACCACCCCUCUGCCGGUGUUCCUCCCGCGCAACAACCCUACGACUACAACAGCACUGGAGCGACCCCAUACCAACAGCCUCGUCCAUACCAGCAUAGAAUUGCCAUCUGCGGAGCUGAUCAGCCUCAGUACAGCCGAGGACACCAUUUAGGACUUUAUUCUGACCUCUCGCUCGAGGCCUUGGCCAUGCAUAAUCGAUCCCAGAGUGCACUCGAUCCACCACGAUCGCACGCGAGUCAUGGAUCGGUACAUGGACGUAGUCGUAGCCAAGUCAACCUACGACGAGAGGGAAGUGUAGCCUUCAAUCCCUAUGACCACCAACACCAGCAACAGCCCUCCUACUAUCCUCUUCCGAUGCCCCCUCAGGCACAGUCGGCUCCUAUGAAUCGCCUUUCACUUGGCCAAGGAGUGGCUGGUCCUAGUAUUACCAUUCCCCCGGUCAGAGGCGCUCGACCCCAGUCUGCUCUGGCGUCUUAUGGCGCCCUGACCGCGUCGCCAACCGAGAGUUCGCCGUCUACCAGCGCCACGUCUGUAACAUACCCCUAUCGUUUCCCCAACUCGCCUCCUACUCCUGGCACGGGGAGUACAGGAACUCCGACGAGUGCUGGCACCUCCAUGUCGGCUGUCUCUGUGAUGGGCUCUACUUUCGGUCCUAGGGAGCAGAGGAGGAAGAGUGAGACGGCUCGGAUGGCUCCUAGUGCUUCUAUGACUGCUUCGACGUUCACGGCGCGCAAGUUCUCGGUUGAUGCGGGGACUACUUUGGCUAGUUCGACUACCUCUGCGUCCUUUCUGGCGCAUAUUGCUCUUCCACCGGCUCCUCCUAACAUGUCCGGAAGAGAGACGGUGACCAACACUGACAGUUAUAACAACCAUUCUGUAGAGGAUACGAGUGACCCUCAAGAAGGACUGGGAACCUACACCGCCAAGAAGCCCAAGGCAACUCUGUUCCGAACCUUCAAGCAGAUUAUCAACCCUCGUAAGGUCGCUGAGAAGGAUGCUGUCAAACACCAUCGGGAGCACUUUGCAUGGAUGGAGAUGCAGAAGAGUUUGAGACGUGUGCCCUCGCCCGACAUUGGCAAGGAGCGACCCUUCUUUGCGCCAGACGACGGCCUUGAUGAACUACAAGGUCAGGAUCCGUUUGAGGUUCUGAAGCGAUGCCAUGUGAUGAGGGACACCUCGCCAGGACCUGGCGCAACCACGGUCAACUCUCUGCUCGAUGUUGGACCGGCGGCGUUUACCCAGGUCGACAAGGUUGCCAGGAACGUCAACCAGCGUGGUCCUCACAUAACGCCACAGUUGCUGUCCCAAAAGUACCUUACUCGACCGUACGCCAAGGCGCCCCUGUCCAAGCUCCGGGUGUUGUUUGUCUGGGUAAGCGAGAAUAUUCGGUUGGAGGGUGGACCGACUCGCGAUGUCUCUGGUGGGCGAUACAAGCUGGGCCCUGGUGGCGAUCCUAUGUUGACUGCACAAUCGAACGUCAAUGCAGCAGGAGAGUCGCCUAAUAUCCGAACGGGCAGUAAUGGCGGUGUGGGAUCACCUUCUCCCUCUGCAGCAGCGGCGGCGUGGAUGCCAGGACCUGAUGAUCACUCGAGAGGGCUUCUACAGGAGGACUCACCAGAGCUGGCUCAGGAAGUUCUUGCCAGUCGAACAAGCAAGACGGGCGAGGGGUUUGCGAACCUGUUUGCAGAGAUGGCUCUCGCUGCUGGCAUUGAGGAUGUCGGGGUCGUGAAGGGCUACAUCAAGGGGCCGAUGGAUGUUUUUUCGAAGGAAGUGCCUCCCACCAACCAUGCCUGGAAUGUAGUCAGGAUCAAUGGAACCUACCGCUUCAUCGACUGUUGUCUGGCCUCACCCUUCCACCCAGCCCAUUACCCGAACCGACCUCAGACUGCGUCGUCGUUUUAUUUCCUCACGUCGCCUAUGGAUCUGGUCCUGUCGCAUUUCCCUGUGUGCUUUAUGUACCAGUAUAUUACGCCGUCGAUCCCGCCACAGAUCUUUUUGCGUUUACCAUUUGUUCGACCGGCGUUUUUUGAUUUCGGGUUGAGUCUGCCAGAGUUCAAGAGGCGGACGCGGUUGGACAUUAAGGAUGAUGAGUCGAUUGAGGUUGUUAUCCGGAUUGAUGGUGGUGGACCGAGUCCCGGGUCUGUUGGAGCUGGUGCUUCUACCACUGGAGGAGGCCAUAAUUCUGUUGGCGGACAUAAUGGAGCAUUUGCAGGGUCGGUGUCUGGUCUAUUUGGUGGCGAAUGUCUGGGCCGAGGAUGUGGCGAAGGAAUCGAGUUGCGCGCCGAGGUGGAGGCGAUGACGGCUGAGGGUAGGGUGAUCAAACGACGUGCCUUGGCGCAGAUCAUGAUCUGGAAUCCGUAUCAGACUCAAGUCGCAGCAAUGACCGCUCAAGCACAGCCACAGCAACAGCCGGUCCAGUGUGGCUGUGCAUCCUCGUCGGUCAAUGUCAAUAGUUCGACUGGCGUAGCUGCGAUGGCGGCGGGUCAGCAUUAUUCUCCACACCAGCGACUGUUCUUGCCUCACCAUUGCUCUGGUAUCCGGAUUGCCAAGAUCAAGGCUGUUCUUCCUAGUGAGACUGUAGUUGGUGCUGGAGGUAUCCGAAAGGGGGUUGUCCACAUCUACGCCGGCCGCAAAGUGGAGAUGGCACCGGCGGAUGCAACACCAUACUCGCUGGCGCUAUCGCUCCCAAUCCGCCAUACGGGGACAAUGCCUAAGACGCCCUUCAACUUUGUCCUCCCUCAUUUCUCACCCUACGAGUUCUAUGUCAAGUCUCCACAGUCCGAGAUGCUGUACUACCCACACACCUACAAGUUCUGUGUCCUCUCGCUAGCAGCCCAAGGUCAAGCCACAGCAGUCUCUGCCAACGCUGUCGCGAUCGCCGAGAACGAUGCUGUCAUGGCCAUGGCAGUCAUUGCUGAAACCUCAUCUUCUAACAUGGGCGCGACAGUGGGUGGUUCCACUAAUGGCACUACUUCGCCUCGACAUAAGAAGGCGAACAAUAGUAAUGGGACUGCAGGGUCGACGGGGUCGGCGUCGAUAGCACCCAUGUAUAGACCUCAGCCUAAUGCCCAGCAGUCAUUGAGGAGUGGGUUCAACCCUCCAGCUGGAGCAAGAGGACCCUUGACGGCGACAAGCACAAGUUCGAGUAUCCCUUCCAUGUCCAGUCCACCUUCCAUGCAUCCAUCAGCAACGACAGCCAGCAUGGGAAUGUUCCGCCUCACCGGUGGCCAACACUACCCCCGUCUACACCAGCACCAGCAGUACCAUAGCCAGUACCAGAUGGGUUCUUCGAUCUCGAUGGCAUCCACGUCCUCCAUGAGUGUCAACGGCGUCCCUUCUACUUCUUCAAACACAGGAGGAGGGGUAGCGAUCCCGCGCCCAGAGAGACUAGUACUGAGGACACAGAUGAACCGGAUUUACAAGCUGGCAUAUGACCCCGUGAGGCAGUGCCAUGAGGCGGAGGUGGAGGUGAAGGAGCGGGGGAUCUGGGAGUGUGUGAGGAUGGAUGAUGGGGGUAAAAGUCGUGUCGGGCGUGAGGGUGCUAGUGGUGUUGUCAUUGCUACCUGGCGAUGCGUCUGA